GUACACAUCCGUACUCACACUGGCGAACUGCCAUACAAGUGUAAAGUCUGUGACAAACCCUUUCAUUCAUCAAGAAAUCUGGCAAAACACUCGAAAAUUCACAAUAAGGACCAACAGCAUCAGUGUCCUCAUUGUUCAUUAAAGUUCGCAUAUCAGUGUCCUCAUUGUUCGUCAAAGUUCGCAGACUCAUUUAAGCUAAAGAUUCAUAUCCGCACUCACAGUGGCGAAAAGCCAUACCAGUGUAAAGUAUGUGACAAAGCCUUCCGUUCAUCCAGCAUUUUGGCAGCACAUUCGAAAAUUCACAAUAAGGACCAACAGCAUCAGUGUCCUCAUUGCUCUUCAAAGUUUCCAAGGUUAUCUAGCCUAAAGAUUCAUAUCCGCACUCACAUUGGUGAAAAGCCAUAUCAGUGCAAAAUCUGUGACAAAUCCUUCCAUUCAUCAGGGAAUCUAGCACAUCACUCGAAAAUUCACAAUAAGGAC